AUGGCUGAGAUUGAAGCAAAAAAGAAGCAUAGAAAAGUGCUGAGAACAAGUUUUACAAAGGCAGGCAAUCGUUUGUACUCUUUGUUUAAAAGAAGUGAGCCCGAUUUUGAUGCAAUUGAAACAGAUUGGACGUGUUUUGAAUUGAAGUAUACUGAACUACAGGUAGCAGACAAUGAGAUUUAUAGUGAAAUGUUGGUUGAAGCCACUGAAGAGAACCUUCUUGCUGAGAUGGAAGACUGCGAUGGAUACAAAAUGAGGUUUACAGAGUUACACAUGUUAUUUAAAAGGCUGGUAAAUGCUCGUAAUGAAGUGAAAGUGGUUGAUGACUCUGGUAACUCAGUAAGUUCAGAAGAAGAAUUAAAAGGUAAGCGUAGAUUUAAGUUGCCCUCUAUUCAGUUUAAGCGUUAUGAUGGAAAUAUAAAGGGAUGGCUACCUUUUUGGUCACAGUUCAAAAAGAUUCAUGAUGAUUCAUUCAUAGAUAAAUGUGAUAAAAUAGAAUAUUUGAUACAAGCAACUGUUGAAGGCAGUAGGGCUCGACAACUUGUUACAAGUUUUCCUAUGGUAGCUGAUAAUUAUCAAAAGAUUAUAGAGUGCAUGCAGGCUAGGUUUGGCAGGGAGGAUCUUCAGAUAGAAAUUUAUGUUAGAGAGUUACUUAAGUUAGUUUUAGAAAACUCUAUGGCUACUCAAAAGUUAGAAUUAUCUCUGUUAUAUGACAGCAUUGAAACACAGUUGAGAGCUUUAGAUACUUUAGGGAUAACCUCGGAUAAAUAUGCCGCAAUAUUGUAUCCAUUGAUUGAAUCCUGUUUGCCACAGGAUAUUUUGAGAAUUUGGCAGAGAUCUAGUUUUUGCAAUACAGCAAGCUCGGCUGAUCGUAAUUUAGGAUCAAAUCUUUCUUUGAAUUCUAAUAUGAAUAAAGACACAACUUUGGAAUUGAAACUAGUCAACCUUAUGAGUUUUUUGAGAUCUGAGGUAGAAAAUGAACAAAAAAUAUCUUUAGCUAGCGAUGGUUUUGGUUUAGCACAGAAUUUUAGUAACUUAAAUUUGAAAUCUGAUAGCGAACAUGUUCGUAAACGCAAUGUCAAGAGGGAACCUUUAUUUUACACUGCUGCUGGUUUGUUAAAUAGUACAGAUGUUGUCAAAUGUUUGUUUUGUGAUGGAGCACAUGAGAGCACUUCUUGUUUUAAGGCACAGAAAAUGAAUCUAGAAGAAAAGAAAAAUUGUUUGUCUAAACAUAAGGCAUGUUUCUUUUGUUUGAAGGGGGGUCAUCAGGCGAGGAAAUGUCGUACACGUUUAAGAUGUAUUUUAUGCAGCAAAUCCCAUGUUCCACUUAUGUGUCCUAACCUUUCUACCAGAAAAUUUCCUGAUCUGACAGAUAAACAAAAUGUUGAUAAUACUCCAAAGGACCAAACUUUAAGUAAUUUUACUCAUACUCAUGUUUUUAUGCAAACUGUUCGAGUUAAUCUAAAGGGUCCUAAUGGUACUUGUGUUGUGAGAGCCUUAAUUGACAGUGGUUCACAGAGGUCGUAUCUUUUGAAGUCUGUAGCUUCAGCUUUGGGUUUGGAAGCCAAACGAAGGGAAAAAAUCGUUCAUUGUCUUUUUGGAGGUACUGAAUCAAAUAGUACACACUUUUGUUAUGAUGUUUUAGCAAGUCAUGGAGACUACACUUAUAAUAUGGAAGUUUUAGAUCAGUCGUAUAUUUGCAACGAAAUACCUUCAGCUAUUUAUGGUCCAUGGACUCAGGAAUUAAAGUCUUUAAAUAUUGAAUUAUCUGAUACGGAAGGUAGUGGUCCGAUUGAACUUCUAUUGGGGUUAAAUGUUGCUGACAUUUUUUAUACAGGGAGGCGUCAUAUAUUACCUAGUGGACUUGUAGCUGUUGAAACAUACUUUGGAUGGACAAUAAUGGGGAAAUCUGCAAAUACAAGCCCAGUGUCACAAGCUAAUAUGACUUGUUUAAGUUUAUUUGUUAAUCCAUCCAUUACUGAACUGUGGGAGUUGGAUGUUUUGGGGAUUUAG